AUGCCCGGUUAUGAUUGCGACCGAUUUGUUAAUCUGAGUCCAUCGGAUAGGUCGGAGCUAUCGUGUAGUAUAUGUCAGGAUAUAUUUUGCUGUCCGGUUAUCGUCCAGUGCUGUCGCCAAACAUUUUGCGAAGACUGUAUCAACAAUUGGCUGUCCGCUAACAAUACCUGUCCGUAUGAUAGAAAAACACUUACUAAGGAUGCAUUAGCACAACCACCCAGAGUUAUGAUUAAUAUAUUAGGAAAACUACAAAUCAAAUGUGAUUUUCAGGAUAAGGGUUGCAAUGAAGUGAUAUCGUUAGAGGAUCUGUCAAAUCAUGUUAACAAUAAUUGUCGAUAUAAUUCAUCCAAAAGUUUAAUUACGGAAACAAUUAGCGUAUUGACAGCUAAUUUAAGUGUAGAGUCUUUGUUAAGAGAAAUACAUGAAUUAAAGGCCGAAAAGAAAAACUUUUUGAAAACAAUUCAAGAGUUAACCGAUAGUCAAGAAGACUUGACUACAAGUAUGAGUAAUCUUCAGCUAAUUAACAACCAAAGUGUGGCCACAAAUACAGGUAUUAGCUCACAAUCAGUAUCACAACCGGAAUUGUCUGAACUGGAGAUUAUCAUUGAGUGUCGCAAACAUUUGUGGUCACCUCAAGUGAUCCACAAUAUGAUGAACAGAGAGAUUACAGAAAAAGUUUUAUCAAUUGUUAGGUCAGAAAUCAAUGGAAAUAAUAGUUUAUUUAUGAUUUGCCAAAACAUUUUCAAUGAACUCAAUGAUGAGUUUGGAUAUCUAUGGCACUGUAGGGCUGACUAUAGAAAUGGUUCAGAAAAUUGUUUUAGCUAUGAAUUGGGUUAUUAUUUGAGAGUCAAAUUUAGUUCACUAGUAUUUGAUAUCUAUAAAACACAAUAUCUAAACGUCGACCAAUUGAGAAAACGGUUAAGAAAUGGCAAAUUAAAACGCGAAAUACAAAUAGUUAAGACAAAUAUGACACACAGUAUGAUAUCGAUGGUCAAUGAGAUUAUAUUUGCAGCCAUUGAUAAAUCUGUUGAGACAAUUGCAGGACUGGCAUCGGAAAUGAAAUAUCGGAUGGACAGGCAAUACCCGGCCGGCAAAUGGCAUUGUUUUAUGUAUGAAAAAAGCUUCGGCGGUUAUAACAUACAUCCCAAACACGAUUCGUUAAUUACCUUCGAAGUCGCAGAUCUUAAGGUUACACUAUUUCAAGCCAUCAAUGAUUGA